AAUGAUCGAAAAAUGUGAGAAUUUCGUACAAACAUUAAUCUGGAGAGGGAAUCGCAUUUUUGCUUGCGGUACGAACGCUGGUAAUCCAUUAUGCGCUUGGACAGCCGAUGAUAAUUUGUCGACGUUGCAAUUUAACUCUACUAAUGAGAAAGUAUCUAAAUUACUAUCGCCGUCCUCGACUAAUUAUAACACAACCAUCAUUAUCUCUGAUGACGGACAAUUCUACAGUGGAAUCUUUAUAGAACAAGAACAAGUAUUCGAUUUUAUAAGAUUAAAGUCAACUAUUAGUACUCAAACUCUUCAUGUUGUUCCUAAUAAUCAUAUGUGGCUAAACGAUCCGCAGUUUGUUUCUCUGUACGAAAAUGAGCAGUACGUUUACAUACUAUUUAGAGAGAGGAUUUAUCCGAACUGGAAAUGCGGUGGUUUUGUCUAUUCCAGAGUAGCGAGAGUUUGUAAGAACGAUGCGGGUGGAGCUUCAAGCUAUAGGCAUUUUUGGUCGAGUUUUGUAAAAGCUCGGCUAAAUUGUUCCCUAUCCGGAAGAGAUCCAUUCUAUUUUGAUUACCUUCAAGAUACGAUUUUAAUUAAGGAUGGACAUCGUACUAUAAUUUAUGGUAUUUUUACAACAGGACCAACGAGCGUACACGGUUCGGCGAUCUGCUCAUUCGAUCUGAAGGACAUUGAUGAAAUUUUCCAAGGACGUUAUUUAUACUUCGAUAACGCUGAUAAAAAAUGGUCUAGCGUAAAAAGUGACAGGGGAAUUUGCAAUAAGAAAAUAUCAACAAGAAAGACAAGAACGCAUAUUAUUGCCGAAACACUCGUUCCUCAUCAAAAUCAAUCUCCUUUAUUAUACGCAGAUAAUCAAAGAUGGACGAAAUUUGUAAUUGAUAUAGUUAAGUUUAAAAAUGACGUCUAUCAAAUAUUCUAUAUUGUUAACUUGGAGGGAAACGUAAAGCAAAUGAUAAAACUUGGCAACGAGACUUGUGUUCUCAAGGAAAGAAAUUUGAAGAAAUCAGUAAAGAAAUUACAAUUAUUUCACGAUGAUACAACGUAUUUGAUAGCUAUGACUAGUGAGAAGAUAGUCAAAAUUCCGGCUGAGAAUUGCAAUGCUUUUAAAAUUGAUAGCGAAUGCUUCUCGAGUCAAAAUCCAUAUUGUGUAUGGGAUGCAAUCUCCUUAAAAUGUAUUUAUAGACGACGAACGGAGGAUACAUUAGCAAACGAUAGGUUAUUUAGACCGUUGAUUAGCAGCUGUCCUACAAUUAAUCAAGAACCGAUAGCUAAAUGGUCAAAUUGGAGAACAUGUUCUAAUUAUGAUAGUGGACGCUGUCUAUGUAGAAACAUGUUGGAUAAGGUCCAAGUAGCUAAUUGUACAGUUGAUGGACGUUGGUCAAUAUGGAGUGAAUGGUCGGGUUGUUCAAAAUCUUGCGAACAAGGCCACAGAAGUAGAAAGAGAACAUGUUCGAAUCCAUCACCAAAGUUUGGUGGUACUUCUUGCUUCGGGUUAUCAGUUGAAAAGCAAGCUUGUCUGCAACGUUGUAAAACCAAAACUGAUAGGAAAAUGGAAAGAGCAAGUUGGCAUAAUUGGUCCGAAUGGGGCCGAUGUUCAAAACAAUGUAACGGAGGUUUUCAAAAAAGAUAUAGAAGAUGCUCGUCCAAUAGAUUACCUUGCAUUGGUGAUAGAACAGAAUGGAGAUCAUUUUCGGAAAAGAAUGGCAGAGUUGAAAGUCGAAGGGCAACUGACCAGUACGAAACUUGGUCGGAGUGGUCGUAUUGUACGGAGAGGUGUGGUGGCGGUGAACAGUUAAGACAUAGAAGAUGUAAAACAUCCGAUAAUCUUUGUCUCGGCCACGCUGUUGAGAAAAGGAUUUGCAAUAUCCACUCGUGCCAUCCGCAAUGGUCUUGUUGGUCAAGCUAUUCGGAUUGUACGAGAACAUGCGGCGAAGGCUAUAAAAUUCGUACGAGAUCGUGCCAAUUUGCCGAUGGUACACCAUCAUCCGAAUGCCAAGGUUCCGCUAUGACGAGAGAAUCUUGCGAAAUUUUUCCAUGUCAAGAUGGUUGGAACGAAUGGUCCCAUUGGUCAGACUGUAAUGAAAAUCAGCUAAAAUUUCGUAAGAGGAAUUGCGCAUUACCAUUUUCAUAUAGCUGUGACGGAAGUUCUAUAGAAGAGAAAAUGUGUUUUAGACCAACUAUUUCCGAACUAAAGCAGGAAGAAUUUAAAUUAAAGUCUUAUCAUUUGGCCAUAGUUGGACUAUUAUGUUUCCUAUUGGGAUUAGUUUCGGGUGCAAGUCUAAUUUGGUUGUAUAAAUUCUUAAAGAAUAAAUUUACUAAGAAUACAAUAAAAACUCCUAAGGAAGCUAUCUACCUUCAAAAGAAAAAGAAAACCGAGGACAAUCAUUACGAAUCAAUGGACAUACCCAAAAAACGAAGAUCUGAAAAUGGUUCAAUUCCUCCCGAAAGGGCUACUAAUACUCCACAAGUUAAAGUCUAUCCAAAAACGGAUUAUAGUUCCAGGUAUCAUACUUGGGGACCAAAGAAUCGACCUGGUUCUGGGAGACAUUCUAAUCGCGGGCCUAAUUUAAGUCGAAAGAGUUCAUUUAAUAGUUUAAAGAAAAGUCAGGGAAAAUUAAAUCCUAACGAAAAUUACGAUCGAUUGGAUUUUCUAACGCAAAAGUAUAAAUUUGAAGAUGGAACUAUGUUAUGUUAA